AUGGGAACAGGAGCAGUAACACGAACCGGAACGGGAGCAGGAAUGGGCACAGAAGCAGAAACCGAAGCAAAAAUGGGAACAGGAGCAGGAACGGGCACAGAAGCAGGAACGGGCACAGAAGCAGGAACGGGCACAGAAGCAGGAACGGGCACAGAAGCAGGAACGGGCACAGAAGCAGGGUGCUACAGGGUGCAGCCACAGGAUCAGGAAUGCUGCGGGGUGCGGCCACAGAAUCAGGAACUUGGGCUGGGGACAGCUACUCCAACCUGGAGGAACACACAGACACAGGACCCUCUGUGGCUGCUCCCAAGGGUCACUUGA